UAUUGUAAAGCCGCGUCGAUUUAUUGCUGACGUCUACCCAAACAUCCAUUUUUGCAAUAACGUUAGAAUGGAUCGAAGUCUUGACGAGAUCGUUGCUGAAUCUCAGCAAAGAAAACGAGGCUCCAGACCUCGCCGAGGUGGUGGAAGCCGGCCUCGAGAGCGCGACUCUUAUCCCCGCGACGGCGUAAGAAAGUCAACCAGAGAUGAUUCGAGAAACUUAGAUUCAGAGUGGGUUCACGACAAAUUUGAUGACCCCAGCUCUCGAAAUCGCCCGCGACACCCGAGACGACGACCUUCUCCAGACCGACUUCAGGAGACUCGUGGGACCAAGGUCAAAGUAGAGAAUUUGCACUACGAGCUCACGGAGGACGACCUCGAUGGAUUGUUCAACAAGAUCGGACCAGUAAUCAAACUGGAACUGUUGUACGACCGUGCUGGACGUUCCGAGGGCACAGCAUUCGUCACCUACGAGAAUCGCGACGACGCGAUGGAAGCGAUUAAACAAUAUGACAAUGCCAAUGCCAAGGGUCAGCCCAUUCGCUUGUCGAUUGUGUCAUCAGCACCUCGACGUAACCCCUUCGACACUGCGCAUAUGCCGGGUCGGUCAUUGGCCGAGCGUAUCACCCGCCCGCGCUCUCUCUCGCCCAGACGGUACUCGGAGAGAGACCGGGGCGUAGAUCGCUAUGUUCCAGGAGGUGGCAGUCGAUCCCGUAGCCCUCCUCGUCGACGCGGUGGCAGACGGCCUGGAGCUCGACACGAAGGACGAGAUGGGCGAGAAGGACGUGAGGGGCGUGAAGGUGGCGGUACACCAAAUGGGCGAGAGCGCGUUGGCCGAAAUGGCCGACCUAAAAAGACCCAGGAGGAGCUCGACGCCGAGAUGGCAGACUACUUCAACCCGGGCGGCAAUAACGAGGCGGCUCCAGCGGCUGAGAGGGCUGGCGACGACGUGGACAUGAUCGAAUGAUCGGCUCCCAAAGGGACAUUCCUUAUACUUGUAUUAUGCUACGGAUUAUUCUAACCGGCUAGAGAAAUAAGACUGCUUUUCGUUUCGGCUGCUUGUAUGAUGAUGCAUCGAAUCGUCGUGAUUUCGUCUUUUGUUUAUAUUUAGUGGUCUUGUAGAGCUUUCUCGUUGUAUCUACCUACCUUACCUAGU